AUGUCCUUGCUGACGCCGCGGUUGGAUUGGAUCCUUGGGUGCUGCACAGCAGGAGGCUGCGAAGCCCACGGCCAGACAGAGUUCCAGGUUCAGCUCAGCUCGGAGCCCGCCCCGGCGCAUAGUGCGAAGCACCUCCUCACAUCUGGGGACUCCUUUGACAUCACCUUCACGCCGCGCCUAUUCGGCACGCAGGGGCUCAGCAGAGCGUCAAAUGCUCCGUUCACGCCCCGGCAGCGAGAUCUGCGGGCGCAGCUGGAGCUCCCGUCCCUUCAGACGUAUCCGGUGCCACCGAAUCUGGGGCCCGAGGCCGCUGAGGAGGCAGAGAAACGGGUGGGUGCAAAAGUGCAGAAGGGUGCGGAGGUACGAAAGGAGCGGCUCUUGGAGAUGUACCGGGAGUUCGCCCUUGACCUGCACACAGGCAUGUACCUCACACAGCUGACGUCUAACCGAGACUAUGCGGACAUCCACGUCCAGCUAAUGGAGGAUCUGACCACCCUCAAGCUGGACCAAAGCAACGGCCGCAUCAUCGAGUUCCCGCUCACAAAUGUGUCCAAAGUGUACCGUAUCGUCAAGAAUGACGACAAGUGGUACGCUGCUGGGACGCCACUACCGAACUCCUCCACAAACACGGAGCAAAUCGUGGUCGUGGAGUUCAUGCGGCGGAAGCUCGCCUUCGUCUUCAAGGAGCUGCAGGCAACAAAGGGUGAAGGGAAAAAAGUCACCUCUUUUUCCACUGCGGCGGAUUCACAGGCUUGCAGUGUUUUGAAAGGGCUGGGCCAGAACAACGACCGAACGAGGAUGAAAGAAGGCAUCCCCCGACAAUUCUGCACGUGA